AUGGGGCGGCGGGGCGGCGGGGGGGGGCGGCCGCUCCCACCACCACCCCUCCUCCGCCUGCCCCUGCUGCUCGUGCCGCUCCUCCUCCUCCUCUUCUUGUCUCCGCCGCCCGCCGAUGGGCUCUUCGUAACUGACUACUUCACCCGCACACCACGCAAGCUCAGUCCCUUCCGCUCCUUUGCCAGCAUCGAACUCUUUCAUUUCCACAUCCCUGAGGACACGGUCAUUGCUGUUUGGAAUCUCAUCACCUUCAAAGAGCAAGGUGGCACCUUUGGGGACCAAUGCCCAGAUCGUAGCAUCACCGUGUAUUUCCGCUCGGGGGCUCCUUCCGUCAUUAACCCACUGCACACACACUUUCCCAGUGACACGGCUGUCCCUGGCUCCUUUGCGCUGACCCUCACCUGGACCUUGCCCAACCGCACCACAGGGGUGUUCAAUAUCACCAGCCCUCUUCCUGGAGACUGGUUCCUGGCUGCCCAUCUGCCCAAGGAUGAGGGCAAGAUCUCUGUCAAGGGCCUCUAUGAGGAGUGCCAGUACCUCUUCCAGCCACAGCUCAUUGUGCAGCGCCUGGUGAACAUUGCCGUGCUAUACCCUGGUUACAUCACUGAGCAGAGCAUGGCUCCCCAUAACCGCUCCUGCCUCUACAAGGUGUUCGUGCCCAGCUACACAUCACGUGUGCUGGUGGAGGUGCUGCGAUGCCGCGGGGUCGAGGGCUGCCCACUCUGGCUGCGCAUGCGAGCGAAGGCCCCCCCACUGCACAACUCAACAGCACUGGACUGCCGGGAGCGUGCGCCCUGCCAGCUGGCACUGGACCUGCCUUUCUGGCAGCACUGGUACUAUGUGCUGGUAGAGAGGCACCCUGGGUCUCCGGGCACCGUCUCCUUCCAGAUCACUGUGCAGCUGACAGACUGCUCCCGCCCCAGCCUGGCCCGGCCGCCCUUCCUGCCCUCCAGCGCCUCCAUGAACAUGCCGCACUCCUUUGGUUCCGCGGGUGGGAUGGUGCUGGGGGACAGCCCCCCUCCCACCAGCCCCAACAGCACCAAGCGCCCGCUCCGCAUCUCUUCCACCAUGCCUGCCACUGAGCGCUGCUGGCCCAUCCGCCCCACGCUGCGCAACGAGCUCGACACCUUCUCCGUCCACUUCUACAUCUUCUUUGGGCCAAACGUGUCAGUGCCACCCGACCGUCCUGCCGUCUUUGUCAUCAACCUCCUGCCAGUGCUGGACAGUGGCGGGGUGCUCAACCUGGAGCUGCGGCUCAAUGUGAGCUCCCUGUGUGGUGAGAAUGUGACAGUGUUUGGCUGUUUGAACCAUGAGGUCCCGCUGACAUCCGGUGACAACACAUCGGUUACCUGUGAGACAGAGUCCCUGGCAGGCUUCCUGCUCUCUGUCAACGCCACGUCCAGCCUGAGCCGCCUGCGCAUCCCUUACCCCCAGACUGGCAGCUGGUACCUGAGCCUGCGCUCCCUCUGCGCCACAGAGCAUGGGUUCGAGCCUUGCACCAAUGUGACAGCUGAGGUCUACCUGCGUGCCUACCUCUCACCCUGCAUCAACGACUGUGGCAUCUAUGGGCAGUGCAAGCUGCUGCGUACCAACAAUUAUUUGUAUGCAGCCUGUGAGUGCAAAGCUGGAUGGAAUGGCUGGGGCUGCACUGACAAUGCUGAGGCAUUCUCCUAUGGUUUCCAGCUCCUCUCCACUCUGCUGCUCUGCCUCAGCAAUGUUAUGUUUGUGCCUCCCGUGGCCAUUGCUGUGCGCAGUCACUACCUCUUAGAAGCUGCUGUCUACAUCUUCACAAUGUUCUUCUCCACUUUUUAUCAUGCCUGUGACCAGCCAGGCAUCGUGGUGUUCUGCAUCAUGGACUAUGACGUGCUGCAGUUUUGUGACUUCCUGGGUUCCCUCAUGUCUGUCUGGGUCACUGUCAUCGCCAUGGCCCGGCUGCAGCCUGUGGUCAAGCAGGUGCUGUACCUUCUGGGGGCCAUGCUGCUCUCCAUGGCACUACAGAUGGACCGCCAUGGGCUAUGGAACCUGCUGGGACCCAGCCUCUUUGCCUUGGGCAUCAUGGCUAUUGCUUGGACGGCUCGCUCCAUCCGUCGCCGCCACUGCUACCCACCCACCUGGAAGCGCUGGGCGUUCUACCUGUGCCCAGGUGCACUGAUUGCGGUGGCUGCCGUGCUGCUCUACGCCUUCGUGGAGACAGAGGAGAACUACUUCUACAUUCACAGUAUUUGGCACCUGCUCAUCGCCGGCAGUGUGGGCUUCCUGCUGCCACCCCGCGCCAAGCCCAGCGGGCGCCUGGGGCCGCUGCCCCGCCGUAAGGGCUGUGGGUACCAGCUCUGCGUCAAUGAACAGGAGGAGCUGGGGCUCGUUGAUCCAGCGGUGGCCUCCAUCAACAGCAUUUGCACCAGCUGAUUCUAGUGCACUGGGCUCAGGCAGGGAUGCUGACACAGGGAACAGCAGGACUCCUCUGGGCUGGUGCACAGCUGUCCCAGUGUCACAAUUACAGCCCGGUUGAACUUGUCAGCAGGCAUUGCUUGCCACUCCAUCUGGCUCAGGAGUGCCCCUGUCCCCACUACCUUCAGCCCCCCUGGUGACACCUUGGUGCCCUGCAUGUGACUGUCCCCACCCCAUAGUGCUGGAGCAGUGACAUCCCUGCUACUGCCACCAGCCCUGGGCAGCUGCAGGCACUGAGCCUUGCUGGGAGAGAGCAAUGCAUGCGCUGGGCCCCCAGAUCUGCUUACAGUAACGCUGUCUCAGUCUGAGGGGAGUUGGGGGAAAGGUAUUCUGGGGGGCACACAAUGACAGUCAAGUCCCCAAAACCUGUGUGCCAGCCAGGGUGUCCUCAUGUGCCCCUGUACAGCCUUAGGUCAUGUUGGCAGUGGGGCAGAAGCUGUGCCACAUACUGGGCUGCAUCCUGGGCUCCUGCCAGCUACAUGAGGGGGGCAAAACCGUGACCCUGGGCACCCUGAGGGGAUGGGAGGUGAGAUGGAGCAGAGUGAGGGAGACCCAACUGCCCCUUCUCCCUGCUGCAGCAGAUUGCUUCAUUUCCCCAGGCUGCAGCCCAGGAAUGA